AUGCUUCGCCAAAUUGCUCUUGCUGCACUCUCUGUGCUUCCUCUCACCCUCGGCCAGGUCGCUGAGGACUUUGAGAGCGGUUGGGACAAGGUCGCUUGGCCUGAGUACGCGCCCGACUGUGACCAGGGUGGCAGUGUUGUUCUCGACAAAACUACUGCUCACAGUGGAAAGAACUCCAUCAAGGUCACUGGUGGCAGCAAUGGUUUCUGUGGACACAAGUUCUUUGGCACUGACGCCAUUCCUUCCGGUGAUGUCUACGUCAGGACCUGGAUGAAGUCUGCUAAGGCUCUCGAUGACUCUCACGUCACCUUCAUCACCAUGCCCGACUCCGCUCAGGGCAAGGGCAAGCACCUCCGAAUCGGCGGCCAGAGCAAGAUCCUCAUGUACAACCACGAGUCCGACGACGCCACUCUCCCCGAUCUCUCCCCCGACGGCAUCGCCGCCUCCAAGAACAUCCCCGCCAACGAGUGGCAGUGCCUCGAGUACCAUCUCUACCCCGAUGGCACCAUCGCCACCUGGCUCAACGACAGCCCCGUCAAGGGUCUUGUUUACAAGCCCAACGACCCAUCGCCGUACAGCAACGGCUGGAAGAACAGCAAGCCCAAGCCCAAGAUCGAGGGUGUCUACUUUGGCUGGGAGUCCUACAGUGGAUCUGUCAACACUUUCUGGUUCGAUGACAUUGCUGUCAGCUCAAAGCGCAUUGGAUGUGCGGUCAAGAAAUAA